GAUACUGUGAUGUGGUGUAUGGUAAGCCUGGGACGUACAUGUGGGAGUCAGCUGGUGGUUCCACCUGGGGGAAAUUUAUGGAGUUCAUUAGGUCUUAACGUCCUGUAAAUUGUGAAACUUACUUCCGUCCGCGGGUCUGGCGUUCUUACUGAAUCUUAUUCUACUUGAUGCUGGAGAAGAGCUCUUGAUUAAAAAAACUGGAGCUGCCUUCCAUUUUAUUGGGUCACAUCUGAUUGGCUCCAGUUCCCAAAAUACUAUAUUUAUGCAAAGUCUGUUUCAUAAUGGAGAAGACUCAAGCUAAUAACAACAAGUUACCAUCAAAUAUACCACAACUUCAGAAUCUUAUCAAGCGUGAUGCAGCCUCCUACACUGAAGAGUUUGAGAGGCAACAUUCUGUUUAUAAAGCAAUAUGUGUUAUCUUUGAACAAAACCCAACCAUCUACAUUGAAGACUUGUACCAGAUGGUUAUGUUUUUAGCUCAGAUAGCCCAUUGUUACCCAGAUAGGCUGAAGGAUUUUCCACAAGACUUGGUGACCCUUCUGAAGCGCCAUUGUUCCGUUUUGCAUCCAGAUAUGAGGAUGGCUUUUGUUAAGGCAUUGGUGCUACUACGCAACAAAAACAUGAUUUCUCCAAUUGAUCUUCAUAUGUUGUUCUUUCAGCUUCUGCAUUGCCAAGACAAGAACCUCCGCCAAUUUCUAAAGGAGAACAUAGUUACAGACAUCAAGAAUAUUAAUUCUAAGGGUAAAAAUAUGAAGUUAAAUAAGGAAUUACAAAACUUCAUGUACGAGAUGCUUACAUCAAAGCAUGCAGUCGCUGCUAAAACAUCUCUUGAUGUGAUGGUUGAAUUAUACAACAAGCAUGUUUGGAAUGAUGCCAAAACUGUCAACAUUUUAGCAAGUGCCUGCUUUUCAAAAGUCACAAAAAUUAUGGUAGCGGCAAUUAAAUUUUUUAUUGGUAAGGAUAAUGAGGAAGCAGAAGAAACAGAUUCAGAUUGUGAAUCUGAGAAUGAAAAUAAUGUUUUAAAAUCUACAAUGAUGGCUUUGAAGGUUAGCAAGAAAACAAAAAAGAAGCAAAGAAAACUGGAAAAAGCCAAAUAUAUUGCUCAAAAAAAUCAAAAGAAGAAAAAAGCUAAGGCAAGUUUUGAUUUUUCAGCUUUACACUUAAUUCAUGACCCACAGGAUUUAGCUGAGAAAUUAUAUAAACGUUUAGAAAAGAUGAACGAAAGAUUUGAAGUUAAACUAAUGACCAUGAAUAUGAUCUCUCGCCUGAUUGGUGUCCAUCAACUGUACUUGCCCAACUUUUAUCCUUUAGUUCAAAGAUUCUUAUUCCCUCACCAACGGGAAGUCACCAAGGUUAUGGUAUUUGCUGCACAAGCAGCCCAUAACCAAGUUCCCCCAGAUGAUCUAGAGCCAGUAGUUCGUACUCUUGCUAACAACUUUGUUACUGAACGUUAUUCCAGCGAAGUUAUGGCAAUGGGUUUAAAUGCAAUAAGGGAACUUUGUGCAAGGAAUCCUUAUUGUAUGUCUGAUGAUUUAUUACAAGACUUAACUCAGUACAAGACUUACAAAAACAAGGGAGUAAUGAUGGCUGCCAGAUCACUUUUAUCCCUCUUUAGAGGGAAAAACCCUGAGCUCCUUGCUAAAAAGGAUCGGGGAGCUCCAAGUGAACUUCGUAUGGAGAAAAAAGUUGAACAGUUUGGAGAAAACAGUGCUGUGAGCUAUAUUCCUGGUGCUGAAAUUUUAACAUUUAAAACUCAGGGUGAUGAUGAGGGCAUUGGAUUAGGUGACACUGACAGUGAUGAUGAAUGGGUUGAUGUCUCCCACUCUGAUAAUGAAAUGGAUACAGAGGAGGAGAAUAAUAAAGCUGUCAAUAAAAGUACAGAUGGUAAUAAAGAAGAAGAGAAAGUCUUUUCCACUAAAGAUGCCCUAAAAGAAGUAAUGAAGCUAACUGCCAAGGAGAGAGCAGCACGGGCAGCUGAUGUUGUCAGCUCUCGCUUCCUUUCUGAUGCUGAUUUUGCCAAAAUAGCUGCUGUUCAGGCAGCCAAAGAGGUAGAAAUGUUUAGUAACAGUAGAAAGAACAAGAAACGAAAGAGGGCAGUUGAAAAUAAAGCUGAAUCUGGAGAGCUUGUAUCUUUGAAGAGUAUUGAAAUGAUUUACAAGAAGAGGAAGCAUAAUAAGGAUGCUAGAAUGGAAACCAUCAUGGGAGGGAGGGAAGGCAGAGAUAAGUUUGGUGCAAAGAGAGGGCGUAUGAACCCAAAUGCAUCAACUACUAAUAGAGAGAAAUUUAAAACUAAGAGUUUUAUGAUGGUGAAAUAUAAAGUGGCUGGAAAGCAAAAGCGGUCUUUCCGGGAGAAGCAGAUAAGGCUCCGAAAUUCUUUGUUAAAACAAAAGAAAAAUUAUUAAUGGUUUCUCUUUAAUUAGAGUUUUUAUAUACCAAAAUCAAAUAAUUUCUAUCAUGUCUUCAGUUUACAAUAAAAGUUUGAUUUUAUGA